AUGUAUCAGUGUGAGAGACAUGGAUUUUACAGACAAAGAAACAGUAACAUGAACAGGAAAAAAGGAGUGAAUGGUUCAGAAAGAACCUGUAUUAAUCAACAGAACCUUAAAAUUGGAGACUCCACUGUAGUGCCACGCAGUACAUUAACAUGUGACAAUUUUAAAUCCUAUGAUGAGGUUCCAAGGGGUUGUAAAAUAGAAGAAAACAAAGAACAGGCCAAGAAAAAAAGUGUAAGUGCUCAAAAUUAUUUAUCUAAUAAAAAACCGGCAUUUCAAAAAACAACAUCAACUGUGAUUGGUUCUGAAGCCGAUAAUGCUGUGGAUGGGAAUCAAAGUACUUGUACAAUGACCAAGCCAAUUGGCCCUAAUACCGGACAUGAUAGGGUGUGGUGGUACGUCGAUCUGGGAGACGUUUAUAGUGUAUACAGCAUCAACAUACACUUUAAAGACAUGGGGAAGGAAAAUGUCCUGAGGCAAAGGGGUAGAUUUGCUGGAUUUUCUCUCUAUCUCUCAAACUCUACUGAAAAAGAUGACGGGUAUAUGUGCUACAAAGACGGACCGGAGUUACCUCCAUUAAAUUUUACAUCAAAACUGGAUUGUAUUGGACAUACCCGAUAUGUCAUCUACUACAAUGAAAGAUUGACUAGAGUGACGUAUCCAGAGGGAUAUGGAUUUCAUUCUUAUACCCAGUUGUGUGAGGUCGUAGUUGAGGGGUGCUCUAGAGGAAAGUAUGGGGCAAAUUGUGAUAUAUAUUGUCCAGCUAAUUGUUUUGGAACCGAAUGCAAUAUUAUCCAUGGAACAUGUAUGAAAUGCAAGCCUGGUUGGGUGGGAGAAAGCUGUCAAACACCUUGCCCUAGAGGAUCAUACGGUCAAGAGUGUAAAUUUCAAUGCUCGGGACAUUGCAAAGAUAGAAUUCCUUGUGAUCACGUGACGGGUGGAUGUGCCGGAGGCUGUGUAUCGGGAUGGACAGGAACUAUGUGCAAUAAAAUUUGUGACGAUGGACGUUAUGGCAUCAAUUGUACUUCCUACUGCAGUGGACAUUGUUUAAAUGACGAAUCAUGUAACAAGGAAACUGGGCAUUGUGACUCGGGAUGUAGUGAUGGAUAUAUUGGUGAUUUAUGUAAAAACGGAACAUCUCUUCUCAUUUCUGAAAGCACAUCUGUAAAAGCUCUUACAGUUGGUGGAGUUCUGGGUGCAAUUACUGUUGUUACCAUACUCUUUGUAUUGAUUGCUUUAGCCAUGAGAUUACGAAACAAAAAGUAUAAGAAUACAAAACCUGUCUCGUCAGAAAGAAAGCCUAUGAUGGAAUUAGACAAUAAACUACCAUCAAGAGAAGAAAGACAAGUUUGUGAGGAUUUAAGCAUUAUGCAGACAAAUGAUUUUCCUGGUGUCCAAAGGAUCCCGAAUAAUAUUCAUGAAACAGCCAAGAGAGGGAGACCAACCAAUAAGACCAUAUCUACGGCAAAUUUUCAUUCCAUUAUAUCCAAAAUGUCAACAGCUGAAAAUCUAGGCUUUAAGCAGGAAUAUCGUGAUAUCCCAAAAGGCGAAUUUCAUCCCUGUGAAGAAGGCAAGAAACCCGAAAACAAAGUGAAGAAUAGAUAUACAACCACAUUCCCAUAUGACCACUCUCGUGUUGUAUUGAAAACAUCAAAACCAAAUGAAGGAAAUUAUAUCAAUGCUAACUAUAUAGAAGAUGUACUUGGGAAACGAUCCUACAUUGCAACACAAGGUCCCAAACCAAAGACAAUUCCUGAUUUCUGGAAAAUGAUUUGGCAGGAGAAUGUCUUAGUCAUAGUUUGUUUGACAAACUUGAAAGAAGGCGAAAAGACUAAGUGUGCUCAAUAUUGGCCAGAAAUUAACGACAAACUGAUUGGUGAUAUUCUUGUAAAGAAUCUAGAAGAAAAAAGUCACGCUAAUUACACAAUAAGACGAUUCAAUAUCAACAAACGUAUGGAAAAAGCAACUAGGGAUGUAGUGAUGUUUCACUUCACGCGAUGGCCAGACCAUGGAGUCCCUGAUCCACUUAGUCUUGUUGUGUUCCACCGUCACGUGAUGCGAGUAUCAGCACAAUACCCUGGAAAAUAUACAGUGGUCCACUGCAGCGCAGGAAUUGGCAGAACCGGAACGUACAUUGCAUUAGACGCCCUCUACCGAGAAGGGGAGAGAAAUGGUAAAGUUAAUGUACCGAUGUACGUCAGGACAAUGAGAAAAGACAGAAUGAACAUGAUACAAGGCGAUGAUCAAUAUAAAGCAGUCUACCUUGCCCUUUGUGAAUCGUUCAAUGGAAAAUCAAGAUGUCUGACUACAGAGUCAUUUUUACGACAACUACAAGAACAGUCUUGUUAUACCAAUUGUGGAGAAGAAGCGGCAAAAUCUUCUUUGUCCUCAGAGCUUCAGGAGUUACUGUCUCUUCGGAAGAAAUACGAAGAAAAGGACUAUGAAACUGGACGCAUGAAUAAAUCAGCCAACUAUACAUACAGCGUUUUGCCACUUGACGAAUAUCUGUGUCAUUUGUCUUAUUCAAAGGGAAGAAACACAUACUACAACGCCGUUAUACUUCAGUCGUUCACAGAAAAUGACAGUCUGAUCAGCGCUCAGUACCCACUUCCUGACUACACUGAAGACUUUCUCAGACUCGUCAAGGAUUUUGACGUCAAUGUGGUCGUUUUUCUGUGUCCGUUGAAGGAUUUGAAAUCCUCUUCUGUAUGGGUUCCGUCAAAAAACGAUCAUAAGACUGCUGGAAACUUUACCAUUAAGCUAGCUGCGUCAACAAAUUCAACAAAUUUUUCAACAAGAAGCAUUGUGCUACAGCACAUGGGAAUAAGUGACACAAAGAUAAUUGUACUAGAAUGCAAAACAUGGAAAGAAGGUAAAAAGACAAUGAACAAAAGUGCUUUGCUGGAUGUUGUUAAAGAAGCAAAAUCUGAAAAGGUCAACCACGAAGGAAAAAUUCUAAUUUUGUCCAGUGAUGGAGCCACACGUUGUGGAGCAUUUGCUGUUGUCUAUAACGCGCUAGAACAACUCUCAAUGGACCAGGAAGUGGACAUCUUCACCAUCACACGUCAACUACAGAUCCGUAGACCGGAGUUUGUAUCAGUUUUGGACGAAUACCAGCUUUGUUAUGAUACUGUUGCAGAAUACAUCCAAAAUGACAGCGUUUAUGCGAACUGCUAGAAUACAAAGUGAAGCUCUCAUCAACAAAAUCUAGUUCAUGUUAAAAUCACAGGAACGGAAUGGACACGUUGAUUAUUACGAUGUUUUGUAUGCAAAAUUGUGAAAUCAUAAUGAA